AUGGCCGAGGGGGAGAACGGGACGGGCCCGGCGGCGGAGGCAACGGUCGCCUUAGCUCCGGCGCCGCCUCGUCCUCCCCGCGUGGAGCUGCCGCCCUUCGAGGCUGCGCAAGCGUUGGCGCGGAGCCGCUACUCCUGCCUGGUGAUCACGCCGCACCGGAGGCACAUCGCGCUGCCGCCUCGUUUCUUGCAUCGGAAGCGGACGGGGAUCCGCGUGCAGCUGGACGCUGACCUCCGGCGCUAUUCGGAGAGUUUUCAAGGCGUUCCUGUGGCUUAUGAUGACAUUAGAAUAACAAACGAACUGGGUGAUAUAAUUGAUGAUCUGGGAGCCAUCCAUCUUGAUAUUGAAGCAAAUUUUAUUGUUUUUACACCUAAAUUAGGAAAAAAACUUGUGGGCAUAAUCAAUAAAGUGGCCCCAAGCCAUGUGGGCUGUCUAGUGCAUGGGUGUUUCAAUGCUUCCAUCCCGAAACCUUAUCGCAUAUCAGUUGAUGAAUGGAAAAACCUUGGCUUCCAAAUAGGCGAUAGGCUGGUUUUUAAAGUGUUGUAUUUUGAUUCAGAUGCUGCUGGAGUGUUCUGCAUCCAAGGCAGAUUGUGCAGAAGCAGCACCGUGACAAAAAUACCAAAGGAAGACUGUGAAAACCACUGUGAUGUGCAGGAUGAUACACAAGAGAUGGAAACUGCCGCAGCAACUGCUGUGGUUGUAACUGGAGAGUUGCAGUACAAGGAGGCUGAUGACGGAACACAAGAUAAAAACCCCGAGAAUGUGUGUGAACCAAACGCAGCGGACCUGGCAAUGCAUGUCAGUGACUCUAGUGGCUACCAUAGUGAUCGUGGCAAGUCUAAGAAAAAGAAAAGAAAACUUUAUGAUGAAGACAAUGGACUCCCUGGAACAUCACAGUCCAAAGCUAAAAAGAAAAGAAAGGAAUGAACUAAUCCAAAGGA